AUGGCUGCAAAGGCGAACAAGUACUCGGUUAUCUUGCCGACGUACAAUGAGCGAAAGAACCUGCCCAUCAUCACCUGGUUGUUAAACCGCACUUUUACUGAGAACAACCUCGACUGGGAACUCAUCAUCGUCGACGAUGGAUCCCCCGAUGGAACCCAAGAAGUUGCCCAGCAGCUCGUAAAGGUCUACUCCCCACACGUCCUCCUGAAGCCCCGAGCCGGCAAGCUUGGUCUCGGCACGGCCUACGUCCACGGUCUCCAGUUCGUCACCGGCAACUUCGUCAUCAUCAUGGACGCCGACUUCUCCCACCACCCCAAGUUCAUCCCCCAGAUGGUUGCUCUCCAGGACAAGGGCAACUACGAUAUCGUCACCGGCACCCGCUACGCUGGCGAUGGUGGUGUCUUCGGCUGGGAUCUCAAGCGCAAGUUUGUCAGCCGCGGCGCCAACCUGUUCGCCGAUACCGUUCUGCGCCCUGGCGUGAGCGACCUGACUGGUAGUUUCCGACUGUACAAGCGUGCUGCCCUGGAGAAGGCCAUUGCUACCACCGAGAGCAAGGGAUACAGUUUCCAGAUGGAGCUUAUGGUCCGAGCAAAGGCUAUGGGCUGCACUGUCGCUGAGGUUCCUAUCUCGUUCGUCGACCGUCUGUACGGUGAGAGCAAGUUGGGAGGCGACGAGAUCGUUCAAUAUGCUCAGGGUGUUUUCAACCUGUGGCUCAAGGUCUAA